UCGAGGUGAUAGCUCGUCGGUCUCCACACACUCACUUCUACCGCGCUCCGGAACAGGACUCAUCCCCCACAAAGUAUAUAUCCCUGCCCACUGUUCUUUCACCUCUACACUCACGAACAACACGGGCACUUUGCCCAGAUUGUCUCUGACCUACCAGGAAGCACAUCAAAAGACUACCCCGCACUUCCGGAUCCUUGAAACCCAGGAACUUUCGCAUUCUGACCACUUCUGCCUGAAGGGAGGAGGAAAAAGCAACGAUAAGAAAAUGGCCGCCGUUGGAUUAUGGCGACAAAUUAGUUUGUGGCUUUGGCUCUCGUGUCUGCUUUUGGCCGUGUAUAGCGCGCCGGUUAACGAGGAUGGGCCCAUCGUUGAGGUUAACGAUCAGAGCGACAACGACAACGACCUAGGGCCGGCCAUCGAGGCGAUAGGCAAGGCCAAGAGAGAAGCCCGCAAGAGAUCAUCGUUAAGGUCUUCCAAUGGACGGACUCACUAUCGCUUUCCCAACACGAUAAAAAGAUCCAUGCACGACGGAAGCGACGACUACGACACGGACGGCGAGGAAGAGUUUAGCGAUUCAAUGGCCGCCUACCUGGCAGCAGCCGACGAUGACAGCACCGUUGACCUGGACGAUUUGGCCAAAGAAAUCGCCUUGAACAUUUUGAUGGAAGAAGCCGAUAAAAGCAGAGAGAAUCCGCCAGCCAGCAGUCUCAAAAAGAAGAAAAUGGCUCCUGUCGCUCACCGGCCACGCAACAACUCUGCGGAUGACAAACGCCGGAAGAGAAUGAAUUCACUGAUGAAUCAACUGCUGGAAGAGCGGGAAAGGGGCGAAGUUGAAGAAAGCGACGACUACGACAACCAGCAGAUGGCCGAGCAUCCAGCUGGGCCGGAUGAUAAUAACGAAGCUAACGAAAGUUUAGUUGGUUCGGAAGGCGAUCAAGACGAAGAAGACGAUUCCGACGAGGUCGUCUCGUCCCGCACGGAACUCAGGAAACUUUUCAAUGACGGUCUGGAGCGACACGAGAUUAACGCUCUACUUUCUCAGCUGGAUCGCUCCCGUGCUGACUCUGAAGAGCUGAAUAAAAGUGAGAAGAAGAAGAAACGCUCGGGAUCAGAUUGGAGGAAAUUACCGCGUGCAUCGCUCCGCUGGCGCUUUCUCCACUCGCAGGGUCAAGAAAGUAACGAGCCUUCGUACGGGCGACAGCAAUCGGCCGACGACGAUGAACUGCAGGAUAAAAACGUUGCGUUCGAGGAUCGAUUCUUUGGUCGAGGCUUUCACCGGGUGGGAAACAUUCAAGACGAGCCGAUCCGUAACAAUCCGGAGGAGACUGCCAAACGAGUUCAACAUCCAUUGAAGACCAAGAAUGCCAUCAGCGUGAUUCGCAAGCGAUCGAUUGCUACCCUGCAGAAUAGCGGAGAGAAGAAGCCAGAAGCUGGAUCGGCUCUUCAGAUGCUCCGCAAGCGACGGAAUUCGGAGGCGAAAGCGGCCGAGGAAAACAACAACAAGAAUGAAACAGCCCCAUUGGCCUUACCUUCCGCCCAAGCCAAUAACAACAGCAACUCGAGCCCAGUCAAGCGCAAGUCGGACGCUCAAGUGCACACGGGAGUCAUCCGCAAGAAAUCCGUCGACUGGGACGACUAUUUCGGAUACGACAAGCGCAGUGGCAAAGCCCAGGGUGAAACCAACGAAGAGGCAAUGAGGAACUACCUCGAGUCUGAUUAUUACAAGAGCAUGGCCGGCUCAUUAGCCUUCCGUAAGCGCGGACAGAUGGACGACCAACACGCCGGACACGUUGUGGGCAUGAAGAAACGAAACAACGUCACCAGUACCUCUUGGGAGAAAAAGAAGAAACGCUUCCGACCGGUGGAAGGUUAUAAUGCCGACGAUGCCGAGGAUGUUUUGGACGCUGCGAUACGAGUCAUCGAAGAACGACGUGAACGCAACAACAUUGACCGCGUUCGGGAGCAACUGGUGGCCGAGUUGGUCGAUAACUUGGACGAAAACGAGCUGAAUCAAAUGACGGAACGUUUAACGGAAGAAGUGGCCAAGGCCCUUUACCAGGAAGAAGAGGAAGAAGAAGAGGAUGACGAGCGUGAUGAAUUUAAACGUUCUUCAGUUAACCAGAAGCUGAAGAACAAGAAAAAGAAGAAGAAUAUGUCGCAAAACGACGAACGCCGUAAACGCUUUGCAGUCAAACGCUCUAGUCGUCAUCGUUCCGGAUUCAACGUAGCCGAAUCAAACGAAGAGGACGACGAUUGCGUGAUUGCGGAACAAGUGGUUAGCACUUGCAACAUGGUGUCGCAUCUCUACGGUGGAUACCGCCCGGUUUUGAGUGACGCCUGUCAUCGCCACCAAGCUUGCUUCAUCUGUUCGGACAACGAAGCGGCAUGCGACGGCGAGUUCCAGCAUCGCGUCUUGGCUCUGUGCGGCCCCGACCUGUUGUGUCAAUCGCAAUCACGUCAUCUCCUGUCGGCCCUCGGCCAACUGGACCAAAUGGAAGCUGAUUACCUCUUCCCGAUGGCCAGCCAGGCUGCUCGAAUUGAAGCUCUGUGCCGUCGCGACUCGUGCUUGGCCGAGUUCUGGAAACGUCGCUAAACGAACGAAAAAACAUACACCACAAAACCUCACCGGAGUCUGAGAGUUUGAGCAACAACAAGUCUCGUUAAGGUACCGUGAACACAGAAAAGUUAAAACCCCCCUGAAAAUUCCCAUUCUUUCUGUUUCAGUCUUUUGUUUCUUUCUGUUGUGUUUUACUUACUAAUGAAUUGAUUGCUGUUAUCUCGUGUUGAUAUCGAAUGACCAGUUGGUAUUAAUGGCACAAGAUCAGACCGGAUACACACACCUUCUAUACCCCUGUUUCUCUAUUUUUCAUCAUAUCUCAUUAUAUUGGAUGGAAUUCGUGCUAUAUACCCUUUCAGACGCCUAUCGUGUGUUGCUGUUUAUUAUCAUUUGUCCCCCCAUUUAGAUCAAACAAAAAUCGAUUGAAAUGUGAAGAAAAACAAAAAACAAAAAAGUCAAUUGUCUACAGAAUUAAAAUUUUUCGGUGACUUAUCAUCAUAUGAUCUAAACUAUAAAACUAAACUAUAUAAUAUCCAUCGUUGUUUAUUCCUCAUUCGUUGGGAUUGCGCCGUGUUUUUUUUUUUUUUAUUUUCUCUACUUUAAACUAACCAAAAAUUGCUUUUAUUCUUCAUUUCAUUUCUUCGUCUACGGAAAUCUUAUUCUUGCUGUAACUCUCUUGUAUUAUCUGUAUGCAAAACGUCUCUAUACAUUCCCAACGUCCUCCUCUCGUCAAUCACCACAAAAUUUCCAUCUUUAUUUUGAUCCCGGUCAGCCAGCAUGUAAUAUACCGGGAUGUUUGUUGUGUUUUAGUCCGGGAUUCGGGAUCGUGUGCUAGGAUCUCGAAUACCCUUGAAGAGAAAAGAACAAAACAAACAAGCCAAGUGUAUUGAACCGGGGAGUGAGAGUCGCUUCGCGACAGAAAAAACCCAUACAACAAAGCUACAAUGGAAGUUAAAUUAUUAUCACAUAUGAAUUAGAUAUAAAUAUAUGUAACAACAGCAACAACCAGAAACUAUAUACACUAUCUUAAUUGUAUACCGGUUUGUGUUGUUCAAUUUUUUUUUUUUGCCAAAUGUUUGACUGUUUCAGUGUCAUCUCUGCAGAUGCCCUUUUAGAUCCAAACCCAUUCCAUUGUGCUUUGGCCUGAAAUACACGCGCAUUUGACGUAAA